UGAUGAUUCAGACUAUCAUCUUUCGGAAUGACAUUGGUUUCGGUUGGUUGUUGUCCGCUAUUCACAUUCACCGAGAAAGGCAGCAUGUACAAUUUGCACCUUGGGGCACAAUCGUGCUCUGGACGAGUGCUCGUCUAUGAGACACGUUCUGUUCUCAUUGACGAUGAUUAGACGUUUGAACGUUUAGGCCUCAGGACUAUGAGCAUCCUGUAUUAGGAUUAAUCCUCCAGAGCCUCACUAUGAUUGUAGCACGUGUAUACACUUAUAAAAUGAUGGAUCUACGAAAUGAGUCGUGAGCCCUUCAAUCUCUCCCACCAGCUUGUUUUCUUCCAGGCACCCUCAGAACUUAUGUCUGUCGAGAAAGAUGUCAACUCCGCUGAUGAGAAGGAGCCGAAGGCCGGUGACCUUCGUAAGGUCACUCCAAAGACCUAUGAAGCGGACCAAGGGGCUGCAGCACAUGACCGCAACAAAAAAGAGUCGCUCAGUGCAUAUUUCGCCAUCCUUGCCGCUGGGUUUGGUUUGAUCAGUGACGGUUACCAAAAUAAUCUGAUGACGAUGAGCAACGUUAUCUUCAAGCAACUAUACCCAAAUGACUACACAACUAAUGUGUCCACUCGGGUCUCAAAUUCCUUGCUAGUUGGUGCUGUACUUGGUCAGAUAUUUGUGGGUUUGAUUUGUGAUAGAGUGGGACGCAAAGCCGCCCUUGUCUCAACAACCCUAUUGAUUGUCAUUGGUGCUACCCUUGGUACCGCGGCCCACGGUGCCAAUGGAAGCGCCCAGGGAUUGUUUUGGUUCUUAACUAUCGCUCGAGGCAUCACGGGUGUUGGCGUUGGAGGUGAAUAUCCGGCUUCUUCCACGAGUGCUAGCGAAGCUGCAAACGAGACGACACAGACAAAUCGCGGUCCAGUAUUCAUCAUGGUCACGAACUUUGUUCUAUCCUUUGGCGGCCCCCUCGCUGUAUCGGUGUUUCUGAUUGCCUUAUCAGCUGCUGGAGAGAACCAUCUAGAGACGGUCUGGCGCGUGUGCUUUGGUAUUGGCAUAUUGCUCCCUUUGACUGUAUUCUUCUUCCGUCUUCGGAUGUUGAGCUCUAAGCUGUACCGCAAGGGUGCUAUCAAGCGUCGCGUCCCAUAUGGACUCGUAUUCAAGCGUUAUUGGCGAGAGCUGAUCGGAACUUGCGGGGCUUGGUUUCUUUACGAUUUUGUCACAUUCCCUAACGGUGUGUUCUCGGGUACCAUUAUUUCGAGCGUUAUCAACAAUGGCAACAUAAAGGCGACGGCAGAAUGGCAACUUCUUCUCGGAGUAAUUGCACUCCCCGGCGUUUUCGUGGGUGCCUAUCUCUGUAACAGACUGGGUCGAAGAAAUACGAUGAUGCUCGGCUUCUCUGGAUACCUCUUAUUUGGCCUUAUCAUUGGAGUGGCCUACAACAAGAUCACAAAAAUUAUACCAUUAUUCGUCAUUUUCUAUGGGCUUAUGCAGUCAGUUGGAAACAUGGGACCUGGUGAUAUGCUUGGUCUGACGAGCUCCGAGUCAUAUGCGACUCCAAUCCGCGGCACCUGCUACGGCCUAUCUGCUGCUAUCGGGAAGACCGGAGCAGCCGUAGGCACUCAGGCUUUCACGCCCAUACAGAACAAUCUGGGUAAACAGUGGACGUUCAUCAUUGCCGCUAUUUGUGGCGUAACCGGUGUCCUGAUCACGUAUUUCUGCGUCCCAGACAUGACUGGGGUUGACCUCGCCGACGAAGACGCUAAAUUCAUGAAAUACCUCGCUGACAAUGGUUGGGAAGGUGAGGUAGGCGAAGAUGAUGAGAAAGGGAUGCUCGCAGACCACCAUGUCGCUGAAGCCGGUUCUGCUGAAAUAUAAAGGCAUACUUGAAGUUAUCCCCGACACCCAAUUUAGCGGGAGAAGGUUCUGUAGGAAAUAAAUGUCAUGCUGUCUGUCCUUUUAUGCGUAGAAAUCACUUCCCUUAUUGGUUA